UCUCUCUAUAUCUGAUAUUGUCUGUAAACGGUUAGUUUUUGGUCACCGGAAAACAUGGCGGAGCUACCGGCCACGGUCAAAUCAGAAGUUCCUGCCGGCGAAGAGACUUCCAGAAGACCCGUCGUCAUCUUGGCUGACCUCAACGUUGACCUGUCCGAGACCGACGCCCUAGAUUCUUUUUCCGCCUCCGCUGCAGAGUUUACAAGGUUAUCCAAUGUCGGAACUAGUCAAUGUAAAAUCAUGUUAAGUAAAGACAGUGAUAUUGCUGAAGUUGAAGUUAAACCGUUAAAGAGAACGCCUAAAUUUCGCUCCAAAGUUAACAAGGUAGAGGAUUCUCUUGAAUGCGGAGCUGAUGCAGAUGCUGAUCAUCAUGGUCAGGGUGCUUCCUCGUCUCGUGAGGAAAAAGUUAGCAGCCUCAAGACAGGAUUGGCACAUGUUGCAAGAAAGAUGCCAAAAAAUGCUCAUGCCCACUUCAUACUUGGAUUAAUGUAUCAAAGGAUGGGUCAGCCACAAAAGGCAGUUUUUGCAUAUCAAAAUGCAGCAGAUAUCCUACUUCGCUCGGAGGAAGAAAUUGAUCGGCCAGAGCUAUUCUCAUUGAUUCAAAUCCAUCACGCACAGUGCCUGCUGCUGGGAAACUCUGAAGACUCAAUUUCAGGGAAAGAAAUUGAACCCAAGGAGCUUGAGGAAAUUCUUUGUAAAUUGAAGGAGUCUAUGAAUUCAGAUGUCCGCCAGGCUUCUGUUUGGAACUCUUUAGGCACAAUUCUUCUGAAAUCAGGGAGGCUGCAGAGUGCAAUAUCUGUCUUGGAAGCUGUACAAACUAUUCUCCCUGACAACAUGGAUUGUUUGGCUAAUCUUGGGAUUGCUUAUCUCCAAAGUGGGAAUUUGGAGCUUUCAGAAAAAUGUUUCCAAGAUCUCAUUUUGAAGGAUCAAAACCAUCCUUCAGCACUAUUGAACUAUGCUUCUCUUCUUUUGUGCAAAUAUGGAUCAGUUGUUCCGGGUGCUGGAGCUAAUGCAGGUGAACAGGCUUCGAUGGAUCAAGUAACGGCGGCCAAUGUUGCAACAAAAUGUUUACUAGCAGCAAUUAAGACAGAACCAAAAGCAUCUCAUUUAUGGGCAAAUCUUGCUAAUGCGUACUCUAUGACUGGUGAUCAUAAAAGUUCUGGCAAGUGCCUUGAGAAGGCUGCAAAACUUGAGCCCAACUGUCUACCAACUCGAUAUGCUGUGGCAGUUCAUCGGAUCAGAGACGCAGAGAGAUCUCAAAAUCCUUCCGAACAUCUUUCCUGGGCUGGAAAUGAAAUGGCUUCAGUUUUCCGAGAAGGAGACUCACUUACAAUUGACCCUCCAACAGCAUGGGCUGGCCUCGCAAUGGUUCACAAAGCCCAACAUGAGAUUGUGGCAGGUUUUGAAAUUGAGCCAGCUGAGUUGAUAGAAGUUGAAGAGCGUGCUAUCUACAGCUUAAAGCAGGCUAUAGCUGAGGAUCCAGAUGAUCCAGUUCAGUGGCACCAACUUGGUCUCCAUAGUCUUUGUACUCAACAAUUUAAGAUAGCACAAAAGUACCUCAAGACUGCAGUUGCCCGGUCCAAGAAUUGCAGCUAUGCAUGGUCUAACCUUGGUGUUUCGCUUCAGUUGUCUGACGAGACAGCUCAAGCUGAAGAAGUGUAUAAGCGGGCUCUAUCCUUGGCAAAAGGCGAUCAGGCACAUUCAAUAUUUUCUAACCUGGGGAAUCUGUACAGGCAGCAAAAGCAAUUUGACAAUGCAAAAGGAAUGUUUUCAAAAGCGCUUGAACUGCAGCCUGGCUAUGCGCCUGCUUACAACAACCUUGGUCUUGUAUUUGCUGUUGAGGCUAAAUGGGAGGAAGCUAAAUACUGUUUCCAAAAGGCUCUUAUUGCAGACCCGCUAUUGGAUGCUGCUAAGUCAAACAUGGUUAAGGCUGAGGCAAUGUGUAGAGUUUGUUCAGACUUAGCUUCUUGUCUCCUUGGGUGACUCAACUUUGCCAAAAUAUAUAAUGUUUAUUGUCAAAUCAUCGAUGUGGAAGAAGGCAAGAUAAUCAGCUAUCUCUGAUGAUAAUAUGAUGCCGAAACAAAAGUCUGUGUAGACAAUCCUUUUUUCAGUGCGAAUUUGGCGGAGAUAUCAACCGUUCACUCAGAAUCUGAUCAACGAUCAUGCUUUAGCCAAACCGAGACAUUAAGUGAAAGUGGAAGACUACCAAUGUAGUCCAAAUGAUAAAGUAAUGGCAAGAGAAGUCUCAAUUGCUCAUCAAACUGGUUAUUAUUUUGGAUCCAUAUCAGUCUUUCUAUCCUCUUAAUCAUGGAUCGGUCUGAUAACCCCCAAAGUAUGAGCUGAUAAUCGAUCCUUGGAGGCACGAGAGAAGGGUUUGAUGCGGCAUCUCCAACUCUUGAAGCCGCCACAGUAGAGAAGGGCUUGCCAAACACAAAAUCUCCUCUUCAACCGAUUUGAAAACUGGUAUUUUGUUACAGGUUUUUAGCACGGUCACAUUGAAAAAUUGUCUUCAUUAAAAGUGAAAGUGUAUCUUUUUUGUUAUGUAUUUGUUAUGAAUUGUGACUAUUUAAGAUGAAACAUCCAUUUGGUAUAAAUUUAGCACUGAUUUUUUCUUUAGUUUUAAUUUAUGCCACAAACUCUUUAGUUCUUGUUUGAAUUUGAGCUGUAAAAUAGAGAAAUGCAAUGGUUAAUUAUUUAUUUUAUGA